AUGACAGACCACACCCACCCCAUCUUCCGCCCCGGCUACCAACGCUACCUAGGUCCCAACUCCAACGACCCCAAAACCUACAAGUACCAACCGCAUUCCCGCCCCAUAUUCAGCUCUCCAUUCGGCCCAUUCGUAGACACGCCCGAAGACCUUAACGUGCACGACUUCUGCUUCCCACCCAAUCAGCCUCUUGUCGAGCCGGACUAUGACCUCUUCGUCAACGCUGUGACCGAUGAGAAGGUCACGCUGCACCAGUUCAAGCGCCGGGUGGAUGCUCUUUCGCGGGUGUUCCGGCAUGAUGGGCCGAAUCCGUUGAAGCUGAGGCCCAGUCCGGUUGAUGAUAAGGGGCCGGAGGGCGGGGAGAUCUUGGGGUUGUUUUCGUGGAAUCAUAUCCACUAUCCGAUGCUGGCGCACGCGUGUUUCCGUGCGGAGCUCGUCUUUGGUGGGAUCAGCCCUGCUUCGACGCCGUAUGAGCUGUGGCUUGUGCUGCGGAAGAUGCAGAUCACCGCGCUGGUACUGCAUGAGAGUUUGAUUCCUGUGCUGGUGGAGGCGUUGAAGUUGGGGAGGGAGGCGGACUCGCAGUCGAGGCUGAGGCUUGUGUUAGAUGUGAAGAAGGUUAUGGUGCUGUCUGAUGACUCCGGGCUGGACGCUGUACAGAAUUAUCCCACGAUUGAGUCGCUGGUAAAGAUAGGUGAAAGGAUACCGGAGCCGAAUCCGCCGCGGAAGUUAAAGGGUGGGAACAAGCUGUGCUAUCUGUUUCAAUCAUCAGGAACUGGGAUGCAGGGUAUGAUCACAGCAACGCAGACAGCGCGGUUCAUGGAUAUGGAGCCAUUGUCAGCACCUAUGAGGUUAUUGGGCGUGGUACCGGCGUACCAUUCCUAUGGCAUGAUCCUGUGGAUAUUGAGACUAAAUUCAAGUGUGAGCACCAACGUGAUGAUGAAGAAGUGGGAUCUGGAACUGGCGUUAAAGACAAUCGAGAAGCAUAAGCUGACUCACCUGUUUCUGGUGCCGCCACUGGUGCGGCAGCUGGCUCAGAGUCCGUUGACGGAGAAGUAUGAUCUCAGUUCUGUGGUUGGUGCAGCGAGUGGUGCUGCGUAUCUGCCUCCAGAUGUGGCGUAUGCCUUGGCAAAGAAGUUGCCACAGGGUGCCGACGCUCCUGUGCCGAGUGGCUAUGGACUGAGUGAGGCGGCAAGUAUAGCUUCGCCAUGCGCGCCGGGUAUGUUCGGUCUGGAAGCGAGUCUUCCAGGGACAAUUGGGUACCUCUUACCUGGCAUGGAGGGUAGAGUUGUGGAUCCCGAUACUGGAAAGGACGUCAAGAAAGGCGAAAAGGGCGAGCUUUGGGCAAGAGGCAAAGUCGUCACUCCGGGAUACUUCAUGGACAAGAAAGCGACAGAUGAGAUCCUCGUACCCUCAUCGAGCACUGACGAUAGUGGCUGGGGUUGGAAAGACGGCGAGGUGUGGCUGCGUACGGGCGAUUUGGUGAUGAGAGACGAGCAGGACAGGAUACAUUACUUGGACCGGCUGAAGGAGAUGAUCAAAGUGAAAGGCCUCCAAGUCGCUGCAACAGAGGUUGAAGACACGCUUCUGGACUGUCCAGAGAAGCUGGUGCGAGACGCCUGUGUUGCUGGCGUGGACAAUGGUAGAGGGGAUGGAAGCUUGAAUGUCAGAGCUUGGGUUGUGCUGACGGAUGAGGGGAGAGAGCUGGGCGAUGCAGAAGUAGGAAGGAGAUUGUCGCAGUACAUCGAGGCCAGAUUGAGUCGGCACAAGUGGUUGACUGGUGGACUUGAGGUGGUCGAUUCAAUACCGCGGACGCCCAGCGGAAAGAUGCUUCGAAGAGAGAUGAGGGACAGAUAUCAUGCACGGCUGAAGCGGGAGGCGAAGUCCGCGAGAUUGUGA